AGCAUGGCCUUCAGCGGGAAGUACGAGAUGGAGAGUGAGAAGAAUUAUGACGAGUUCAUGAAGAUCAUUGGGCUCCCCAGUGAUGUCAUUGAAAAAGGUCGCAACUUCAAGAUUGUCACAGAAGUGCAGCAGGAUGGGAAUAACUUCACCUGGUCCCAGCUCUACCCCUCGGGCCACUCCAUGGUCAACAAGUUCACCAUCGGCAAAGAGUGCGACAUGGAGACCGUGGGGGGCAAGAAGUGCAAGGCCACUGUGCAGAUGGAAGGUGGGAAGGUGGUAGUGAACUUCCCAAACUACCGCACGACCUCAGAGAUUGUGGAUGGCAAGCUGGUAGAGAUCUCAACCUACAAAGAUGUGACCUAUGAGCGUGUGAGCAGGAGGCUGGCCUGA